UUAGCCGAUACAAUGUCUUGGGGUGAAACUUUGAACUAUUUAACUCUUGGAAAUCCCAUCAGUCAAGCUGUAAUCAAUUCAGCUUCAGCCGUUCUUAAGGGUUCUGGACUGAAACCAAAACAAGCCAUACAGGAUGUUGUCGUAGCUCCACCAAAACCAUUGAAUUUGUGGGAAAUUGCUGGUAGCAAUUAUCACUUUGUUCGUUUAGCCGGUUUAAGCGGUGCAACUGCCGUUAUAAUGGGUGCAUAUGGAAAACAUUAUUUGGUCAAGAUUAUCGAUGCCCAAGAACAAAUGGAAUCAAAGGCCGUGUUCGAGACUGCUAAUCGUUUUCAUUUCCUGCAUUCAUUUGCACUUUUAGCAAUGCCACUGGCCCGACGUCCGGUAUUGACUGGAUCAUUGAUGGCAGCUGGUACCAUAUUGUUCAGUGGACCCAUGUAUUAUAGGGCUUUGACCGGUGACAGAACCUUCAUACAAGUUGCCACCUGUGGUGGCUUUUGUUUAAUUGCUGCCUGGUUAUCAUUAAUAUUUUAA